UAUCACCGACGAAGUUGGGGGCUGGUGGUCUGCCCGGUCUGGGCCGCCGCCGCCUGCGUGCCAGAGCCGCCCGCUGCCGCCCUUUGCUGCCUCUUUCCCGCUCCCUCCCCUCCGAAGGCACGGAGCUGCUACCUCCGCAUCAUCCCCUCUUGAGGGGAUCUUGGGCUUCGCCCUGCAGCCCCGGCCUGUGUAGAGGGAAGGGAGGAGGGACCGGCGGGCGGGAGGAACCCUUACCCGAGAAGAACAUUUGUCACUUGCCUGAAAGAAGGACCAGAUACUUGCCAGAAGGGAUGUAAAAUCAGAUCAUGGCUACAUCCCUGCAAUACUCCAAAGUAUCUAGGCAGAUAGAAGUCCUUGCCUAAAGGAAGUCUCUAAUGAAAAGGCAGUACCUGGUAAACUCCCAUCAGUAGGCCUGGAGUCAGAAAUCUUCAGCUAAUACAAAUCUCUCUUCUGCUCUUUGGCUCUCCAUGCGAGCCAGGGACAAAUGGAUGCCAUCGCAAGUGCCGGCCUCAAGAGGAAGUUUGACGAUGUGGACGUGGGCUCGCCCAUUUCCAAUUCUGACGAUGAGAUCUCCAACAGCGACAGCGCAGACAGCUGCGACAGCGUCAAUCCUCCAAGCUCCUCAGGCUUCAUUCCAACCUCCAUCUUAAAAAGGCAGAAACAACUGCGUAGAAAGAACGUGCGCUUCGACCAGGUGACCGUGUACUACUUUGCAAGGCGUCAGGGAUUUACCAGCGUUCCUAGCCAAGGGGGCAGUUCCCUGGGCAUGGCCCAGCGGCAUAACUCUGUCCGCAGGUACACCCUUGGUGAAUUUGCCCAAGAGCAGGAAGUGAAUCACCGUGAGAUCCUUCGAGAACACCUGAAGGAGGAGAAGCUCCACGCCAAGAAAAUGAAGCUGACCAAGAAUGGAACCGUGGAGUCCGAAGAGGCUGAUGGCUUGACACUUGAGGAUGUCUCCGAUGAUGACCUCGAUGUAGAGAACGUGGAGGUGGACGACUACUUCUUCUUACAGCCGUUGCCCACCAAGCGGCGGCGAGCUCUACUUCGAGCCUCUGGGGUUCAUCGCAUCGAUGCAGAGGAAAAACAAGAACUCCGGGCCAUCCGCCUCUCGCGAGAAGAAUGUGGGUGUGACUGCCGGCUGUACUGUGACCCUGAGGCCUGUGCCUGUAGCCAGGCUGGAAUUAAAUGCCAGGUGGACCGAAUGUCCUUCCCAUGCGGCUGUUCCAGAGAUGGUUGUGGGAACAUGACUGGGAGAAUUGAAUUCAAUCCCAUCCGGGUGAGGACUCACUACCUGCACACCAUUAUGAAACUAGAGCUAGAGAAUAAACGGCAGGUGAGCCGGGCCCAGGUUCUGGAUGAAGAGACCCCUCAUAGCUCCGGCAGUGACUGGCUGGGAAGCCAGUCCCCAGAGACCCAGGAUUUCCAGGAGUUCAUGGCGGAGAAUGAAACGGCAGUCAUGCAUCUUCAGACAGCUGAGGAGUUGGAGCGGCUGAAGGCCGAGGAAGACUCUAGCAGCGGCUCCAGCAUGGAAAGCUUGGGGGUGUGCAUUUUGGAGGAGCCGCUGUCUGUCUCUGAAGGGAUGUGCCCAAGCCUCGCCACACCAAUCCUCAUUCAAGCUCAGCUGCCACCAGGUUCCUCUGUUCUGUGUUUCACGGACAGUUCUGAGCAAGCCAGCUCAGCUGAGGGCAGCCAACCCUACUUGAACAAUGGGCCUGUUGUGUACUAUCAGGUUGACCAAAGGUCAGUGCUGGGGGUGAAGGGGGAAAAUAGAGCAGAGGAGCCUGAAGGGCCCCCUCGCUACACAGAGGAGAAGGAGCUAAGCAUCUACUCUGUCCCUGUGACUUCACUGGUGUCUUGCGGCAGAGCCACAGCCACAAGCAGUGUAGAAACAGAGAAGGCUGCUGUAUCUUUCGAGCCCCUGUCUUCUGAGAGCUGUCAGCCUGAAGUUCCUCUGCCAAGCCUGCCACUCCACACAGACGUGCCACAAGACAGUUUGCGGCCCCAGAAUGUGGUGGCACAAUCUCCAGAGAGGGCCUGCGAGCUUCCCUCUUCUGAGGAAUGCUCUUUGGGCCCUUCUCUAGCCGUGUGACAAUUCCCAACCUAUCACCUUGAUGUUUAUUUAUUGACAAAGGUUUUUAUCAAAUGGCCACAGCCAUUGGGAAUUGUU